AUGCUUCCUGCCUCGCUCCUCUUGCUCGCCGGCGCUGGUGUUUCGGCUCUCACUCUUGAAAUCCGGCAGACCGACAGCCUCGGCAUUCCCAUCGCCUGUUCUGAUGCAUGCGCGACAGUGGAACAAUACUACGUCCCUUGCUCGACCGGUGCACCCGCCUGCGAUCAAUUCUGCAAUUACUUGCCUGAAAUCCAGGCCUGCCUCACUUGCGUCGGCCAAAAUGCUGGCGCGUCGUCCUCGGACAUUACUUCGGCUGUCCAGGGCGUCCUCGACGCUUGCACGGGCGACGCCUCGGACUCGGCCUCGGCUGACGUGGUCGCGGCCACUGGUACCGCUUCUGCAGUCGCCGGAACCACUGCCCAGGCCGGAUCUAGCCCCAGCGUCAAGAAGAAUGCGGCAAGCCACACCACCGCCAUCUCGCUCGGUGUCGUCGGUGUUGCGCUCGCUGCCUUCAUCAUGUAA